GGGGAGGCGGCCGCGGAGGCGGGGACGGGCGGAGAGGGCGCGACACCCCGCGGCCGCCCCGCCCUGGGAGGCGCCCAGCCCUUCAUCAAGUGACCAGUAUCCCUUCCAGGAGGACUCGGUCCUUCUGAGGGAAGCGAGCUCCGGCCUGGAGCCCCGGCGCCAAGCCGCCGUCAUCCCCUUCCUGUGCUGGGUGAUCCGUCUCCUCACCCACCCGGAAAAAACAUAGUCCGCCCCUCAGGCCCGAGUGCAGUAGCUCGCGCUCAAAGGGCAGGCUCGCUGGGCCCGCGCGCCGGCUUUUGCAGGACCCGGGGCGUCGGGGCCCACCCAGGGCCGCCACCAGCUCUGAAAAGAAAAAAGUGACGGGAGACGCCAGCGUGAGGCGGCCGGGGCUGAAGCAGGGAGAGGCGAGGCUGGCGGAGGGACACGCAGCGCCGUCAGCGCAGUGCGCACGCGCGCGGGCAACAACGAGUUCCGGUCUGGCCGGGCCCUGUCUCCUAAAAAUAGCCCCGGUGUGGGGAUCCGUGCGCGGAUGUCCCGGCGAGUCCCGGGCUGAAGGAGGCGGCUCCGGGCGGCGCGGAGCGCGGGUGGCGGGCCCGGUGGCGGCGUGUGUGCGCCCGCCUGCGGCGCCGGAGACGCGGGAUUUCAUUUUGUGAAAAAGGAACAAAAAAGGAUUUUCUACAAGGAUCCUAUCUAAGUGCACUUUUUGCGGAUACAUCAUAUCUAAAAAUUUCAGCUGUAGUUCUUGGACUAGAAGUGUGAGUGAUAGAAGCUGUGUAAUGCAUUAGGAUAUUGAAGAGCACUAAUAUUGGAGUUAAAUAUUUGGAAACCAAGAAAGGAAAGGUGAUCAAAAAUGGGGCGGAAGAAAAUACAAAUCACACGCAUAAUGGAUGAAAGGAAUCGGCAGAUCUGAAAAUUGUGACAGUAGAGGUGGCACAGGGGCCUGCUUCAUGAGAACGUGCAAUAUAGACGUAGAACCAAAGCCAAGCAUGUGCAUAUGCGUAUCUGUCUAGUUCUGGUACUAGGUUGCCUUGGUGUCAUGCAAUGAAUCUGUCACUUUUACAAAGAGAAAGUUUGGAUUAAUGAAGAAAGCCUAUGAACUUAGUGUGCUCUGUGACUGUGAAAUAGCACUCAUCAUUUUCAACAGCUCUAAUAAACUGUUUCAGUAUGCCAGCACUGAUAUGGACAAAGUUCUUCUCAAGUACACAGAAUAUAAUGAGCCUCACGAAAGCAGAACCAACUCGGAUAUCGUUGAGACGUUAAGAAAGAAAGGCCUUAAUGGUUGUGAGAGCCCUGAUGCUGACGAUUACUUUGAGCACAGUCCACUCUCGGAGGACAGAUUCAGCAAACUAAAUGAAGAUAGUGAUUUUAUUUUCAAACGAGGCCCUGCUCUCAACAAGAAGGAACACAGAGGGUGCGACAGCCCAGACCCUGAUACUUCCUAUGUGCUAACUCCACAUACAGAAGAAAAAUAUAAAAAAAUCAAUGAAGAAUUUGAUAAUAUGAUGCGGAAUCAUAAAAUCGCACCUGGUUUGCCACCUCAGAACUUCUCAAUGUCUGUCACAGUCCCUGUGACCAGCCCUAAUGCUUUGUCCUACACUAACCCAGGGAGUUCACUUGUGUCCCCAUCUUUGGCAGCCAGCUCGACAUUAGCAGACUCAAGCAUGCUUUCUCCACCUCAAGCCACGUUACACAGGAAUGUAUCCCCUGGUGCUCCACAGAGACCACCAAGUACUGGCAAUUCAGGUGGAUUGAUGAGCACUUCAGAUCUCACAGUACCAAAUGGAGCCGGAAACAGUCCAGUGGGGAAUGGAUUUGUAAACCCAAGAGCUUCUCCGAGUCUGAUUGGAACAACUGGUGCAAACAGCAUAGGCAAGGUCAUGCCCACCAAGUCCCCCCCACCUCCAGGGGGUGGCACCCUGGGAAUGAACAGCCGAAAACCCGAUCUCCGCGUCGUCAUCCCCCCUUCGAGCAAAGGCAUGAUGCCUCCACUGUCGGAGGAAGAGGAGUUGGAGUUGCAUCCCCAGAGGAUAAGCAGUUCUCAAGCCCCCCAGCCCCUAGCUACCCCAGUGGUGUCCGUGACCACCCCCAGCUUGCCUCCACAGGGCCUGGUCUACUCAGCAAUGCCGACCACCUACAACACGGAUUACUCGUUGACCAGCGCCGACCUAUCAGCCUUGCAGGGUUUCAGCCCCCCUGGAGCGCUGUCUCUGGGGCAGGUGUCAGCCUGGCAGCAGCACCACCUCGGACAAGCAGCCCUCAGCUCUCUGGUCGCUGGAGGGCAGUUAUCUCAGGGUUCGAAUCUAUCCAUUAACACCAACCAAAACAUCAACAUUAAGUCAGAACCAAUCUCACCUCCCCGGGAUCGCAUGACCCCAUCCGGCUUCCAGCAGCAGCCGUCCCAGCCCCGCCAGGACAUGGGGCGCUCACCCGUGGACAGUCUGAGCAGCUCCAGCAGCUCCUACGAUGGCAGCGACCGGGAGGAUCCCAGGGGUGACUUCCAUUCUCCAAUUGUGCUUGGCCGACCCCCCAACACCGAGGACAGAGAGAGCCCCUCAGUAAAGCGGAUGAGGAUGGACGCCUGGGUGACCUAGGUGCCCCGCCUGCUGGAGUACUGUGUCACUGCAGUGAGCUGCCCUCCACAGCGAAACCGGUAAAUAAGGACAUGUGUUGAACAUAUUUAUAUGUACAUGCAUACAUAUAUAUCCCUUUCUAUAUAUAUGUAUGUGGCGUGAGAGUGUGUGUGUGUGGGUGUGUGUUGCGUACACAGAAGCAGGCACCGGCCUGCUAGCUCCGUGUCCCCCGGCAGACAGCACCCCGUAGACAGCCUCGUCUGGCACUUCCCUGGACGACUUGUUUCCUAAGAUAGCCAGUUUUUGCAGAGAAAUGUGUCCUCGUAUAUAAUUCUCCCACACUAGCUUGCAGAAACAUAGAGGGCCCCCUACUUGUUUUAUUUAAGUGUGCAGUGACUGUAGUUACUUAAGAAAAAAAAAAUGCUUUGUAGAACAGAGCAGUAGAAAAGCAGGAACCAAGAAAGCAAUACUGUACAUAAAGUGUCGUUCCCAUUAACUGCCCCACCUGGCAUGGGUCUCUGUUGCAAAGGGGUGCAUGGGAAAGGGCUGUUAGUUAUUAAAAAAACAAAACCCCCACACAUUAACUGUUUUGCACGUGCAAAAAUGUAUUAGGUCAAAGAAGUGAUCUUAGCUAAUUAAAAAAAAAAAAUAGAAAACGCGCAUGAGAUACUCAGAAAAUAUUAGUCUAGAAAUAUAGAGCAUUAACGAAAUGAAUUAAUAUAUUAAGUUAUGAUUGGAAUAUGUCAGAAGUUUCUUUUUACAUUCAUAUCUUUAAAAAUUAAACUGAUUUUAGGCUAUGUAUAUUUUAUAUGAAAGAAAACACCCUUAUGAAUUGAUGACUAUAUAUAAAAUUUUAUUCACUACUUUUUAAAACAUUCUGCUAUGAAUUAUUUAUAUAAGCCAAAGCUGUAUGUUGUAACUUUUUUAUUUUCUUUUAGAGAAUAGCUUUAUCUUGUUUUAGUGUUUUUGUUUUAUUUUAAGAGGGGAAAAAAAAUAUCUUGCAAGUAGAACCUUGGAAAAAAAAAAGCCAUGAACACUUAUUCUAUAUGUAAAUUAAAAUUUGAGCCAAACUCUGUGUAUAUAGCAUCUUAAAUAUAUUAUCACCUUGGAUGUAAGUACCUAUGUAUUGUAUGGUCACCAGAUUAAAAAGUCUAUUUUUGUGGAUUGCCGCCAAUUUGGGGGGAAAAGGCGAAGUCCUUAUUAAGUAGAGUAUUCACUGUUUAAUAUUUACUAUUUUGUUAAAUAUACUGUACUUUGGAUUUUAAUUAUUAGCCCAGUUUUUUCAGAGGAUUGUAUAAAGGGGUUUCUCCCCUCACUGGUGGUGAAUGUGUGAUGUUACAGUGUAAUCCUUGUGCUGUAUGAGGUUGAGCAUUAUAUAUUUUAUAUAUGUGUACAUAAAUAGCAAAGUGGCAAGAAAAGAAACCUGGUGUUAAGUUCAUCCCGCAUAAAUAUAAAAUGUGUUGUAACAGUCUACAAGGCAUAGCUUAAAACUUGCCUUUUUGUGAGGAAAAAAACCAUAGUAGAAAAAGCUGACUAAAUCUAAUUUAAUGGCUAUCAGAAAAGAUGGCAGCAUAGCUGACUGAGCACAAGGUUUUUAUAAGUGGUCGAUGAUUAGGGGAAGGGAUCUGUUUCCCAUGACCCUCUAAAAGAGCAAUGUUGCAGCUGGCUAGAAAAUACCACCGCUCUGCACUGAGGUGGCACUCGGGCGUGGGGAGAGACCCUCAGUGGUGCGGAUCCCGGGGCACACUGGCGCCCUUAGACUCUGAACAAGGCCUUACUCCACAGGAGGACAACUCCGUGGUGAUAGCAGGUUCAUCUGUUCCCUGGGCUUGUGCCAUGAACAAUUCAAAGUCCUGUAUAUCUCAUCAUAGACUUGACUCCUUUUCCCGAGAAACUCAAGGGUUUAACAUUUGCUGCUAUCUUACAUUUUAAACUAAUAUCGAGCAGCUCUCCACAGCUUUGAUGGCAUUUCUUUUACUCCCUAAAUUCAGUUCCCUUUGCCAUUUUCAUCAAACUACUUGUGAGAAAUCAUCCGCCAGACUUCCUGACUGGACACACAGGUAUUAGGUCCAGGGGAGCCUGUGGUGCCCGCAGCUGCAGAUACAACGCUGCUUACAGACGGGACGCCCCGCGGGGAGCAGGGUGCCACGCCGACUCCUCUCACCCACCAGUGUCUCCAGUGAGCUCUUACUCAGAAAGGAUUCGCUUUUCAGUGACUGUACUUCUGUUUUCCUGACCAGCUUGCAGGCACAUUUCUUCUUCACCCAGCAGAAAUCAGUCUCUCAACACUGACUUUCCAAGGUAACCCAUACCACUCCGUAAACCAUCGAUAGCUUUGAAAGCGCGAAGUGACUUUGUCACUGAUGCAUGUCCACGAACUUCUGCUGUGCAUUGGGAUAGGAGUUGACACAUUCACAUUUACUGUCUAUUUUCUUGUGUGCCUUAUGAGAUGGCUUUUCCGACUGUAUCUCAAUAGUCUUUCUUUCUAUGCAGGUUUAUAAUCAGUAUGGCUACUGUUUUCUAAACUAAUACUACACAAGGCUCGGAGUUUGUAUUCUGAAUCACACACUGACCUAGUACCAAUGUAUUCCGUUUUCAGGAACUGAACAUUUGACUGUUAACCCCUCUCCCCACAUGCCCCAUGUGGGCUGGGUACACACACACACACACACACCCCUCCUGCUGGCAGCCAGCUCCGGAGAGCGGGGGAAGACACUGACGGUGUUCUUUUUCAACCUACUUUUCUUACCCUUUUAGACUUAUGUGUUUUGUAUGACACCAUCGCAAGAAAAUUUUAUCCCUUCAGAAGAAGUAUUUUAUUACUAAAAAGACAAAAAUAAAAAAAAGCGUCGAGCACAUUGCACUGGCUCGGGUGUAGCCUGCAGCCCCUCACCUGGCAUCACACGGAGAGAGAGUCAAACAUUGUCUGUCUACAGAUGGUCCCAAUCAAAACUCCAUCUUUUGAGCCCGAAUUAAUGUCCAUUGUGUUAGAAACGAAAUCAGGGGUUUGUUCUAGAACAAUGUAUGUUUUACCAUUUCCUUUAACUAGAGCAUUAGCAUAUUCUCUGCACCAACCAUCACGCGCACAAGAAAUACAUAGUAAAUAAGGAACCAGAAAACUCCUGGCAUUGGAUCAUACGAAGCUAGAUGAUUAGAAUGUGAAACGAUUUUACAGAUGUAAAACUUUUGAUUUCUCUGUAGAAACUUUUCUUCACUUUGCUGUGCAAGACGACACUGCUUUGCUAUAUUUAAAAUGGCUUUUUUAAAAAAGAGAUCUAUGUAUUUGGUAAAUGUUUGUAGUCAGCAGUUCCCACGAGAAGCUGUACACGGUUUGAUCGUGGAAAACCGCUUGGCGGCACAAGCUGGACUUUGUUGCCAUCCUUGAGCUGAACCUUUUAAGAAAAAUAAGUUAAUCUCAAUUUCUCCCUGAAUGUGUUGGGUUUUUUCUUCAUUAUACAAUAAAUAUGAUAGUGAACUUUUUAUCAACUGGUUAAGACAAUGCUAGAGGUUGUUGUAAACUCUUUGUAUCCUGCACUCACUACAGUAAAGACUGACUGGCUUUUCCCAUGGA